CGGAACCUAAUAAGGGCCGCCACAUGGAUUGUUAAGCGAAAACAGGAGCUCAGAUUAUAUCCUGUGAUUUUCACACGCUGACUUGGAUCGAGUGAGCUCGAUCGGGCCGGGAUGGAAGGCGGCGAGAAGCAGCAGCACCACCACCACCACUUCGUCCUGAUCCACGGCGUCUGUCACGGCGCGUGGUCCUGGUACAGGGUGGCCACCGCCCUGGAGGCCGCCGGCCACCGCGUCACCGCGCCGGACAUGGCCGGGUGCGGCGCCAGCCCCGGGCGCGGCGAGGAGGUGGCGUCCUUCGAGGAGUACAGCCGGCCGCUGCUGGACGCGGUGGCGGCGCUGCCGGAGGCCGAGCAGGCGGUCCUCGUCGCCCACAGCUUCGGCGGGCAGAGCCUCGCGCUGGCCAUGGAGAGGCACCCGGAAAAGGUCUCCGUGGCCGUGUUCGUCACGGCCACCAUGCCCGCCGCAGGGAAGCCCAUGACGUACGCCUUCAAACAGCUAUCGCAAGGGAAAGGGCCGGAUUUCUUCAUGGAUUGCGCGCUCGGAAGCGCCGGCGAUCCCCGGAAUCCGGACAAGACGUUCCUGUUCGGGCCAAAGUACAUGGCGCGGAGAGUGUAUCAGCUGAGCCCUCCUGAGGAUCUGACCCUGGGAAUUGCGAUGGUGAGGCCGUCGCGGCGGUUCCUAAACGACGACACGAUGAACGGGGACGUCCUGACGGCGGCGAGGUACGGAGCGGUGAGGCGUGUGUACGUCGUGGCGGAGGAGGACGAGUGGAAGCCGGCGGAGAUGCAGCGGCUGAUGGCCUCGUGGAACCCCGGCACUGAGGUCAUGGGCUUGCAGGGAGCUGAUCAUAUGCCCAUGUUCUCAAAGUCGAGGGAGCUCUCAGAAUUACUCAUGGUGAUUGCCAACAAGUACUACCCAGGAAUCUGAGUUGGUUAGAUGAGCCAAAACACCACUCUCAACUUCAAGCACUGAUAUUGCGAUACAUUCCUCGUAAAUCUACGGUUGAGCCACGAUGGUGCAAUAUAAUGCAGGAUCUCCUUAAUUACUCAUUUUGUUUUAGUUAGUUACACUAAAUUACGGUCUGGUUGAUGUGUACUGGAUAAAAUUAGGCCUUGAUUGAUCUCAAUUUUGGCCGAUUUGGUGCGAAAUGCCAAAGUUAAAUCCCUAGUUACAUAUUUGUUA